AUGCAAUCAUCUCCAUCAUUGAUUUUGACGUUGGUCAAACAAGCGCGUCAAACAUUUGCGAAUUUAUUAUCUACGGAAGAGCCGAAAUCGAAUCCAAGUGAACAAAUCGAGUCAAUAAAACGUUUGAUGAAUAAAAUUACGAAAUAUGAAUCGAGGAAAGAAAUCUUGAAAAGUUUCUUAAAUCAAAUGCACCUGUGUUUUAUAUGA